UCCAUUCCACAUGCCGAUGAUAUAACGGUUGCUCUCUUCUUGACUUUCUCCUUGUUAAUUUUACCCACUAGAUUAUAUUCUUGCCAGAAGGAGAUGGGGAUGGAGAAGAUGCACAAUCCGGCGACGGCGACGGAGAAUCUUUUGAUGAUGCUUCUUUCGUUUUCUCUUCUUGGGGUUGCGCGUCUGAGGGCAGAGCUGCUGCCCAACGAACAUAGAGUAAUGGCGGAGUUGAAGGGGAACCUCACGUUUCCGAACAAUACGAUGCCCUGGAGCUCGAAUGACUCCCACGACUUCUGCGAUUGGAACCCAGGGGUGAAGUGCGACUGGUAUGGCCAGGUCACCAAGAUCCGAAUCCCGAAUCUGAACCUCACCGGAUCUCUCCCCGCAGAUCUCGGGUACCUGUCCCACUUGGUUUCCCUGGACGUGAGCGGCAACCAAAUCGGCGGCCCACUCCCCAAGUUCUCCGCCCAGUUGACCCAGCUCGACACCCUCCUCCUCAACGACAACAAUUUCACUUCCAUCCCGCCGGAUUUCUUCUCCGGCAUGACCCUUCUCUCCAACGUCUCCCUAGACAACAACCCUUUUUCCCCGUGGAAUUUAUCUUCGGUUGCUCUCAACGAAGCCACCAAUCUCCAGGCUUUCUCGGCCGUCAAUUGCAGCAUUUCCGGCGUCUUGCCGGACAUUUUUAGCGGCGACGAUUUCACCCAGUUGCAACAUCUCCGCCUCUCGUACAACAAUCUGACCGGCGGCCUCCCGCCCAGCCUCUCGACCGCCACUUCCCUGAAGACUCUGCUGCUAAAUAACCAAGGUACCGGCUACUCUCUGGGCGGGGGCCUGGAUGUUUUGAUGACCAUGAUAGACCUCACCCAGGUGUGGUUGCAGGGGAACGCCUUUUCCGGCCAACUUCCGGCAGACUUUUCCCUUCUCACGUCCUUGCAAGACUUCCGCGUCGACGACAAUCUGCUCACCGGCCCGGUGCCCGACACCCUGUCCAAGAAAAAAAUCAGUUCACUCCGGGUCGUGUAUCUGGGCAACAACGCCUUGCAAGGUCCGGCGCCGGCCGUCGGCGACGGCGUCGAGGUCGACGAUGCAAACGUGACCAACCACUUCUGUACGCCGCAACCAGGGGUACCAUGCGAUCCCCGGGUCAACGUGCUGCUGGACAUAGCCAAGGACGUAGGGUACCCUAUUACCCUUGCGCUCUCCUGGGAGGGGAACGACACGUGCGCCGGCGCCGGCGCCGAUAACAGGACGUGGGUGGGUGUAACUUGUGAUGGAGAAGGAAACAUAACGGCUCUCAAUUUCGCGGGCAUGAAUCUUUCAGGGACAAUUUCGUCCGGCAUUUCUUCCCUCACGCAACUGCAGUCCUUGACAAUGGCGAGGAACAAUCUCACCGGAGAAAUUCCCGGCGAGCUCACGAAAUUGGCCAAUCUCACCUUCGUUGAUUUUUCCAAUAAUGACCUUUGUGGCCCUAUCCCUGCCUUUACUAACACUACUACUACAAAUGUCACAAUCCUCACCGAUGGAAAUGAUAGAAUAUCCCAAGAUUGCCCUCGCCCUCCUCCUCCCUCACUUGCUCACACCGAUGCGAAAUUCCGAAAUUCUCCUCGCCCCCAUCCUCCAUCACCUCCUCCUUCGCUUCCCAAUUAAUCCUCUUGCUAUAUUAUUUAUCCAAUAAACUUUUUUUUGUUAAUUAUUCAUUAAAAUAAUAUAUUUGUAUCACUACGAACAUGUAUUAUUAUAUAUAUACACAGAACGUUUGGUUAAAUUUUAUUUGUGUCUCAUUAACACAUAUUAUAAAUUUGGGAUGAAUGCAAUAUGUCUCCCACAGAUCAAACUUAUUACUAAUCAAUCUAAGAUUAGAAU